AAUUUAAUCUCGAGGAAUUGAAUGUUACAAGUUUACAAUUUUAUUAAAUGCAUAUAUUUAUUAGCGCUUGUGUCAACAAUUAUAGAUCGGUCACUCCCUGUUGUUAAAUGUGGUGUCAGUUUUUAUAAAUGUUAGUUUCAGAGCUGCAGCAAAGCGGACAAGAAUCAUCAGUUGCCGUGGAGAAGUGGUCAACAAACGAGCAUAGUAAAAACAUAAUAAACAAACCAAAAUAUGGUUUGCACCGUAUUUAAGAUAUUCGCCCUUGCGGCAUUGACGGCUUCUUGCAUUGUUGCUAUUCCUGUGGAUAAAGAUAUGGUGGUUGUAACUGAUGUUCCUAAUGUCACAUUUCCUACUAAAGAGGGUAAUACUAAUCAGCGACCACAGAUAUCAGAAAUGAACAUCAAAACGAAUGUAACGAAUCGGUUUGCGCAAACAACGGUUACUAGUAAAGUGAAGAAUCAUGCGACUAAAUCACAAGAAGCCGUAUUCUUCGUCGUUCUUCCUGAUCAAGCUUUUAUCUCCGCCUUUAUUAUGGAAAUCGAUGGGAAAAAUUAUACAGCUUAUGUUCAAGAAAAGGAAAAGGCUAAGAAGACCUAUGAAGAUGCGGUAAGCAGUGGAAUCGGAGCAGCUCAUGUUGCAGUCAGCGCGAGAGAUUCAAAUAAAUUUACAGUGAAUGUUAACAUUGAACCGGAAAGCAAAGCAGUAUUCUAUUUAACAUACGAGGAAUUGCUUGAAAGAAAGAAAGGCUUUUACGAAUUGGUGAUCAACAUCCACCCAGGGCAAUUGGUGAAAGAUUUGAAUGUCGAAGUCGAUAUCGACGAAUCGCGUGCGUUGAGUUUCGUCAAGGCCCCGCAAAUCCGCUCUGGAAACGAGAUUCUGAAAGAGAACGAUGAAUUGGAUCCCAGAGCUCAGAUCGAUACUCCAAAACCCGAGCAAGCAGUUAUUAAAUUCAAACCGGAUUACGAAAAGCAAAAGCGCAUUGCUCAUGGUUUAGGAACUAAAGAAGAUGAAGGACUUUCUGGACAGUUUAUCGUGCAGUACGAUGUCGAGCGUGAUCAGGAAGGAGGAGAAAUAUUGGUGAAAGAUGGAUAUUUCGUUCAUUUCUUUGCACCACCAAAUCUAAAACCUUUAGUAAAACACGUCGUAUUUGUUUUGGAUACUAGUGGAAGUAUGUACGGUAGGAGAAUCGAACAGCUUAAGGAAGCAAUGAAAAAUAUUCUCGGUGAUCUCAAUCCAGAAGAUUAUUUCAAUUUGGUAGAGUUUAAUAGUAAUGUAAAAGUGUGGAAUUUGGACGCUCCGGAGGAAAGCACCACUUUCCCAAAUGACGAUAACUUGUGGGGACACCCUGAAAAAGUCCACGAAAUUAAAGAUGUCUCUUUCCCGCCAGCUUAUCCAGUUAAAAACACCACUAUAAAUAAGGCAAACAAAGCCGUAAUGGAAAUGCACGCAACUGGAGGUACUAACAUUUACGAGGCAAUCAGAGUCGGUAUCCAUUUAAUCAAAUUGAGGCAGAAGCGUGUUGGCAAUAAUAAUAUUCAACCAUUGAUUAUCUUCUUAACUGACGGAGAAGCAACGGUUGGAAAAGUUAGCGAAAAUGAAAUUAUUGCUGGUGUAUCUGACGAAAAUAGCAUCAAAAUCCCCAUUGUCAGUCUCUCGUUUGGUGAUUCAGCGGAUCGUAAGAUGCUGAAAAAACUCUCUCAAAAGAACUUCGGAUUCGAACGCACAAUCUACGAAGAUUCUGAUUCGGAUCUUCAGUUGCAGAACUUCUAUAAAGAGAUUUCAUCUCCCCUGUUGAAUAACAUCAAGUUUACAUACACGCCCGAUACAGUUAGCCUUACAAGAACAGAUUUUCCUAUUCUUUAUCAAGGAGGGGAAUUAGUAGUUUCCGGUAGAAUUCCAGAAAAUGUCAAUGUAGACAAACCAAUUGUGAGCUGCUUUGGCAUCUUAGGUCCAGUCCUAUACCGGCCUAAAGUUAAGAAAAGCGUUGGCCAAUUAGAAAGAUUGUGGGCUUAUAUGACUGUGAAAAAACUGUUAGGAGAAAAAGAAACAUCAACUAAUGCUACUGAAAUUGAAAAGAAAGCUCUCGAUUUAGCUUUGAAAUAUUCGUUUGUAACUCCAGUAACGUCGAUGGUGGUUGUUAAACCCAAUAGCACAAAAUCCGUGGAUACCGAAGAAGCUUCCUCAAGUCCAGAUUAUGCACCAGGUGCACCUCUCAACGUCGGAUUCGGUGGUCACAGAAACCCAGUCAGAUUAUCUACAAAAUCAGGUUCUUUUAAGAAAAAUAUCGGUUAUAGGAAAUUCAAUACUAGGACACGACCAGGAAUUGCCCUGUCUAGACCAUUUUUGUCAGCUCCUGCACCGCAAUAUCCAUUAUUGACUUCUACUCUUGCACAGCAAUAUCCGUUGGCUACUGUACUUCCUGGUAGCACAUACCAACCUUCUUAUGAUAGGGUUGCCACAGGGUUUGCGAUGGUCCCUAACCAUGUGUUUGAACUGGACAGUGAUGAAGGUGUCAUAAAUCAUACCGAAGCCUUUUCAACGACAACAAUGAAACCUUUCGUUGUUCCUGCCGAAAUCAAAACAAAACUACCUUGGAUGGAAACUAAAUUUAACGUAGAUGGAACCUUAACGUUCUUCAAAGGUCACUAUACGCUGGGUUUGAAUGAAACAUCACCUGCUGGACUUGAUUGCACAGAUCCACAGAGCGAGGAAGGUUUCUGCAUGUUAGUUAAGGAUUGCGAAAUUCUUCUACCAAAAUUGAUCGACGAGCAAUCCUUCAAAGACUAUUUCUGCUCCAUCGAAAACAAAUUUGCCGGAGUUUGCUGCCCGAAAAAGAAAUGAAACUUAAAGCGG